AUGUCCUCCUUGUCCGGGGGGCCCUCCCCCAUGGCAACUGCCGCCGCCGCCGCCACUAUCUCGCCGCCGGCCCGCCGGUCGACGCCCCUUCCGUCGGCGGACCUCGCCGUCGCCUUCAUCGAGCGGUGCGGGGACGCGCGCCGCCUGCUGCAAAUCCACGCCGCCGUCUUCCGCGCCGGCCUCCUCGACCACCCGAUCGUCGUCUUCAAGCUCCAGCGCCGCUACUCCUCCCUCGGCCGUCUUGACCACGCCAGAGCGCUCUUCGGGCUCUCCCCAGAUCCCUCCGUCUUCUCCUGGACCGCCCUCAUCCACGCCCACGCCGCCGCCGGCCGCCACCGCGACGCCCUAAUCUUCUUCGCCGAGAUGGCCGCCGCCGGCGUCCAGCCAAACGCCUUCACCUUCUCCGCCGCCCUCGCCGCCUGCUCCCUCGCCGCCGGCAAGGCCCUCCACUCGCAAGCCCUCCGCCUCGGCCUCGCCGGCGACCCCUACGUGGGCACCGCCCUGCUCGGCGUGUACUCCCGUGCCGGCGACACCACCGCCGCCCGGCACCUGUUCGACGCAUUGCCUAGCAAGAACCUCGUCUCCUCCACCGCCAUGAUCAACUGCUACGCCAAGGCCGGUGACCUGUACGCCGCCCGCGCAGUGUUCGACCGCACGCCGGCGCCGGACGCCGUCUGCUGGAACGCCAUGAUCGACGGCUACACCCAGCACGGGCGGCCUGCCGAAUCUGUGGCCCUGUUCCGCCGCAUGCUGCGGUCCUCCGGCGCCGCCAUGCCCGAUGAGGUUACUCUGCUCACGGUGCUCUCCGCCUGCGCGCAGCUCGGCGCCAUGGAAUCCGGCAGGUGGGUCCACUCCUACAUGAGCACCCGGUCCAUCCCGAUGACGGCGCCGCUUGGCACCGCCCUCAUCGACAUGUACAGCAAGUGCGGCAGUCUGGAGGACGCCUGCGCAGUGUUCGACGGAAUCCCCCAAAAGGACGUCAUCGCCUGGAACGCCAUGAUCGUCGGACAUGCCAUGCACGGGAACAGCAGGGAAGCCCUCGCGCUGUUCUCGGAGAUGCUUGCCGCGGGGCUAAGGCCGACGGACAUCACCUUCGUCGGUGUGCUCAACGCCUGCAGUCACGCGGGGCUUGUGGCCGAGGGCCGCGCGCUGCUCCUUUCCAUGGCAGAGCGGCACGGGCUCUUGCCGAAGAUCGAGCACUACGGCUGCGUGGUGGACCUGCUCGGCAGGGCGGGGCUGGUGGAGGAGGCCUACGAGCUCGCGCAGGCCAUGCCGGUGAAGCCCGACGCCGUCGUGUGGGGGUCCCUGCUCGGGGCCUGUAGGCUCCACGGGAAGGCCGCUCUGGGGGAGAAGAUAGCCGCCUUCCUAGUCGCCGCCGGCGAGGCCAACUCCGGCACCUAUGUUCUCCUAUCUCACAUCCGCGCCGCCGCGGGGGACUGGGAAGCGGCGGCGAGGGUGAGGAUCCUCAUGAAAGACGGUGGCGUGCGGAAGGAGCCCGGCGCCGCCGCCAUGGAGGUGGACGGGCGGCUGCACGAGUUCCUGGUGGGCGACGUGGGGCACCCGAGGAGCGCCGAGAUCUACGCAGAGUUGCAGGCUCUGGGGGUGCUGCAUGAGGAGGGCGCCGCCGCCGCCGGUGGGGUGCACAGUGAGAAGCUGGCCGUGGGGCUGGGGCUGAUCAGCACUGCUGCGGGGACGACGAUCAAGGUGGUGAAGAACCUGCGGGUCUGCGCCGACUGCCACGGCGCCAUGAAGCUCAUCUCGCGACUCACCGGCCGGAAGAUCGUCAUGCGGGAUCGGAUCCGGUUCCACCACUUCUCCGACGGCUCCUGCUCUUGCGGGGAUUUCUGGUGA